UUCUUCUUCUUUACUUAUUUGGCAUUCCCUCCCUACAAAAUCCCUCCAACCAUAGACCCAAAUUCAGAAACUUUCUCCAAAUAUAUCACCCCAAAAAAAUCAAUCCCCCUUCUCUUCUUCUUCCUCCUCCUAUUAAUUUCUUCUACCAAAUCAAAAAUGCAACCUCUGCUUUGAAAGAGGAGGAGAAGAAGAAAAAAACAGAGUAACUGUAAUCAAAUUGAAUUGCAUUGAUAUUAAUUUGAUCACAAGUUCAUAACCAUUUCUAGUAAUGGUUUCACUACACACUUUCUGCGUGACUUAAAACAACAUUAUUCCACCACCACCUUGGUUGAGCUCGGCGGUGGUCUCUGCAUCACCCACCAACUUGUUAUAGUUAUUAGAGAAAUAAAAAAAAAAAAGAAGAUGACGGCAACAAAGGCGGAAGCAGCGUCGGCGGCGGCGAAAAUGGCGGUGAUAAAGACGGGAACUUUUUUGAACGAUGUCGUCAGCCUGAUCGUAUUCUCGGUGCUGGACGUUUUGGAUUUCGUGCUCUGUUAUUUCUACAGAGUCAUAGAUUUCUUAAUCGAAGCUGAAUGGAAGCCGUGUUACUGCAGCUCCGCUAAAGAAACGGUGAUCGCCACCAGCUGCGCCGGGAAAAUCCUCGUGUCGGAGCAAGGCGGCGGCGGCGGUUGUCGGGAUUCCAAGAAGAUUGUGACGUGUUUGAGUUCCACCACCACCACCACCGCCACCACGACGACGGCUAAUUAUAAGUUGCAGCUGGAGGAAGUCUCCGACACGCUCUACACCCGGCCGGCAUUGGUCUCGGAAGUCUCCAAGUCCACCGUCAACGACCUGAAACGCCUCAAGGUGGUGGACGUCGUCGUCGACGGAGGUGGCGGCGGCGGAGGAGGAGGAGACAACAAGAAAUUAGGCAAGGCGAUUAGUAGUAAGAAGAAAGGGAACAGUUAUAAUUUGGUGAGGCGGUCGACUUUCACGGUGAACUCCACCAUCGUGGAAAUGCUGCAGGGGAAAAUUGGCGGCGGCGGAGGGCAGCCGGUGCCGGAAUUUAAUCCGAUUCCGAGGUGGUCGGACUGCGACUGCGCUACUUGCAACUCAUGGGCUUCUUCGUCUAAGGAAACUCUGUACGUUAAGGCCGAGGGCGCCACAAGUGAUAAGAGCGGGGGAGUAGUAGAGGACGUGAUAUUCAUUCACGGGUUCAUCUCGUCGUCGGCAUUUUGGACAGAGACUUUGUUCCCUAAUUUUUCCGAAUCGGCGAAGGCAAAGUAUCGAUUCAUAGCGGUGGAUCUGCUAGGAUUUGGCCGGAGUCCGAAGCCGGAGGAUUCACUCUACACAUUACGAGAACAUUUGGAGAUGAUCGAAAAGUCCGUUAUGGAGCCGUAUCAAGUCAAGUCAUUCCACAUUGUCGCACAUUCGCUAGGUUGCAUUUUGGCGCUUGCUCUCGCCGUUAAACAUCCCGGCGCCAUCAAAUCCUUAACUCUUCUUGCACCCCCUUAUUUUCCAGCACCAAAGGGAGUGCAAGCAACACAGUACAUGAUGAGAAAAGUGGCACCAAGAAGAGUUUGGCCACCGAUUGCAUUUGGGUCUUCAAUUGCUUGUUGGUAUGAACAUCUCAGCCGGACUGUUUGUCUUCUCAUCUGCAAAAACCACCGCCUCUGGGAAUUUCUUACCAAAUUACUUACCCGUAAUCGGAUCAGAACGUAUUUGAUAGAAGGAUUUUGCUGCCACACACACAACGCGGCAUGGCACACACUACACAAUAUAAUAUGUGGGACGGCUGGGAAGAUGGAAGCGUAUUUAGAUGUGGUGAAGAACCGACUGAAAUGCGGGGUAACAAUUUUCCAUGGUCGAGAUGAUGAACUGAUCCCGGUGGAAUGCAGUUUCAAUGUCCAGUCCAGAAUCCCUCGUGCGCACGUCAAAGUCGUCGAAAACAAAGAUCACAUCACCAUUGUUGUUGGCAGACAAAAAGCUUUUGCUCGGGAGCUUGAAGAAAUUUGGAAAAGUUAAAAGAGGAUUAAUUUACAGCUCACGUACGUACGUAUACCCCGCCGAUCAAUACAUAUACACCCCCCCCCAAACAAAUUACAUACUCCCACUCCAAUAAGCCAAACGAAGAAAUUGGAUUGCAAUUUUCGACAUUUGAAAUUAAAUCACAAAAACAAACCCUUUUUUUUACUUUUUAUAUAAAUAUUGUAGAGAGAAACCGUCAUCAUAAGAGAGACCGAGAUCUAAUUUAUCCUCGUGAAACACAUGGUUUGGAUAAAUUGGCUUGGCAAGCUUCUUUUUUUUUUUUUCUUUUUCUUUUGAAUUUGGAGUCUUUUGAUUCCAGUCAUCCCAUUGAAGCCUUUGUUAAUUUAGUUUGUUCAAAUUAGGUUUUGUGAAAAGUCAGCAUUAAUUAUAUAUAAUAUGAGGCAAGUAUGCAUUGAAUCAACUCUUGUUGUACCUUAUUGUAAGUUCAUAUUCACAUUUUAAUUGCAUCAAGUUAUAUUACUAGAAAAGAGAGAGAUAGCCAUGAAUUACAUUAUUACAAGGACAAUAAUCUGUUGUAGUUCUAUUUAUCGGUUUAUCUCAGAAUAGUACUCCCA